GAGGAGAAGAGAAGAGAGCUGAGUUUGGGACAGUUUGGGAAAGAUAUAAUUGACGGGAGUACCCCCUUUCCCUGUAGAAACAGGAUGGGACUGCAGACCAUCUCUGCUUACUAGAUUGGUUUGGAUCCUGUUUUCUACAGUAUGACAGAAAAAGAGAUUCUUGAGCCAUCAGCAUCACCCACAUCUACAAGGGGGAAAUCUCCAGAAGGGUUGCAGCGGCUAAAGCAGUUUUUCCAACGCAAGCCCAUGGAGGAGCCUACCCCGGAGGAGCCACAAGCCAACGGGGAGCUGGUCAGCCCCUCAGGGGGACCCAUCUACUACAUCUAUGAGGAAGAGGAGGAGGAAGAGGAAGAGCCUGAGCCACCACCUGAGCCAGAAAAACGAGUUAACGAUAGACCUCACAAAUUCAAGGAUCACUACUUCAAGAAGCCUAAGUUCUGUGAUGUCUGUGCCCGCAUGAUUGUCCUCAACAACAAAUAUGGCUUGAAAUGCAAGAAUUGCAAAACUCACAUCCAUCAUCACUGCCAAAGCUAUGUGGAAUUUCAGCGCUGUUUUGGCAAGAUUCCUCCAGGUUUCCGCCGUGCUUACAGCUCUCCAUUGUACAGUGCCCAACAACUCGCAGGUGCCAACCGAAAUGACCCUGUCUUUGAGACACUACGGUCAGGUGUUCUCAUGGCAAACAAGGAGCGCAAGAAAGGGCAGGACAACAAAAAAAAUCCUUUGGCUGCCAUGAUGGAAGAAGAAACAGAAGCCCCCAAACAAGAAAUUGGCAUACCAGAGGGAGGAAAUCCAGAAGGACAGAAGGCGGAGAAGAAUGCACCGGAUGACAAGAGUAAGAAGCAGCAAACUGGGUUCCCACAGUCUCACUACUUUAUUGCACUCUAUCGCUUCAAAGCCUUGGAGAAGGAUGAUUUGGAUUUCCACCCCGGAGACAAAAUUGCCAUUGUUGACGACUCCAAUGAAGAAUGGUGGCGGGGGAAGAAAAUUGGAGAGAUUGGAGAAAAAAUUGGAUACUUUCCACCAAACUUCAUUAUCCGAGUGCGUGCAGGAGAACGUGUGCAUAAGGUCAUGAGGUCCUUUGUGGGCAACAAAGAAAUUGGCCAGAUUACAUUAAAAAAGGAUCAGAUUGUGGUACAGAAGGGAGAGGAGCUGAACGGGUAUGUCAAAGUCUACACUGGCCGCAAAGUGGGGCUCUUUCCCGUUGACUUCCUGCAGGAGAUCUGAGGUCCAACCCUGGCAUUCACAAGGAUUUCACAACCAGGGCCAGAGAAGGCCAGAGUGUUUCUUUGGAGAGAGAUCACCAGCUGCCAAUGCCUCUCUGCAAGGAAGCUGGGCUCUGCAGGUCUGUGGCCCAAAGACUAAGACAUCACAUGAAGGCCUGUAUCAAUGAACCAGGAUUCAAGGCAAGAAGUAUAUCAUUCUGCCGUCUGAGAGGACUCAGUGCUUCUCUUGAACUCUGCAGUUUGCUGCUGGCAGACUCCAGAUUGGGUUCAGCCAUUGUCCCUUUAUGAUCUUGUCAUAGAGGUGCUGGGAUGUGGCCAAAACUGCUCUACUUCCUGUCUGCAAAGGAAGUAGAUGGUGAUUGUACACGCUGAUUGUGCAGAGUUGACAAAUGGCAAGAGUUACCGCUGCCACUUCCUGUAGGUGGCACUAACAAGUGCAUGCAUUUACUCCAGGACAUACUGUAUGGCUGUCCCUUUGCUGGCAGGGGGGAGCCUGGCUCCUAGUUUACGUGGAUGGCUUAGAUUCAAUUAUGUUUUGCUGAUAUCUGUUACCCUUUUCUAUCCCUCACUGGGCUAUCUAUGUUGAUAUAAAGCAGCAAGUUUGUGGAUUUGCUGUUGAUUGCUGGGAGGCUGUGCAAUUGUUCUGUUCCCUUAAAUUGAAGUGGUACUUAUAUUUCUCCUAUUAUUCACUUCUUCUUCUUU